AUGACCAUGAUCAUCACCCAAAAAUUCAUUGAUGAGCUUCUCGACGCCACCAAGAUUUCGACGGACCAUGGUAUCUAUUUAUUUGUGAAAUCACCUCUAGAUAAAGUGCGUUCCUUCCUCGUCAAUGGAUACGAACCUCACGAAGCCAAAAAGGCUGUUGUUGUAUUCGGCAAUCCAGGAACCGGUAAAUCAACCCUUCUCAACAGUCUGAUUGGCAAAAUUGUUUUCAAGUCCGGAAUCGCUGUCGACGGUGUCAGUUUGACCAAGGCUCCAGAGUCGACUCGAGAGGGCAAUAUUCUGUAUGUCGAUACCCCGGGAAUCGAUGAAGUUGGAAACAUUGGCGAGAAAUCCUCUCAGCUCUCGUCUGCUUUAUCCACCGGUUUACCAACAAUUCUGGUUGGUGUUAUUCGUGGGGUAGGUGGCAGAAUCAACGCCGCCGAUUUGGCCACCGUCCUCAUUGUUUUCUUGGCUGUCCAAGAAAAGUACCCAAGACGUCAGAGUCACGAUGUGAUCAUCAUCAACAAAGUUCCAAAGAGUGCUGAUGAUAGUAUCAUGAAUCCUAUCACAAAUGUGAUUAUCCGAGAAUGCCACUCAAAAAACGUCGGCGCAAUUCCCAUUUGGAUCCGUUCCUCGAGCGAUGCCCACGAUGAAAAUGACGCGUUGUUGAAUCCUCAUUCUAUUCAUAACCUAUGUGUCCAUAUCAAGGAAAAUGAUGGAUAUGUUAUACCCGCUGGAUCGUAUUUUUAUUUUGAUGGCAAAUCAUUCAAGGAAAUUAUUGAAAGUAUAACUUAUUGGGUUGUUCGGAUUGCCCGAAGCAUGGAGACAAUCCAAGGUUACAGCAAACACUUGAUCAAAAUUCCAGCUACACUGAAGUAUCAGCCUCAAGAGCGUCAAGAUGAUCAUCCUUAAACACAAAAUCCUUGUGUCAUUGAAUUUAAAUCGAUCGAAUGAGAGGGUGGAUAAUUGUGCUGUCCUUCAUAUCAAAGUUCUUCAGAUAUUAAUCUGAAUUUUUUUCGGGAAUGCCAACAUUAUUUUGAAAUUUAUAUUGUACUCAGUAAAUCUUGAAAAGGGAGAUCGGAAGAUUAUAUGAUACAUUUUAAAUUCAGUCGAGAUCGAAAUCAGGA